AUGUCCAAUAGCUCUGAGCGCACCGUGACCACCAUCUCCUCCCCAAAUAAUUCCCCCAACACUUUAACGAGCGCACAUCAUUUUGUGUCGCUCAAGCUUACCCAUCGGAAUUACUUAUACUGGCGGACUCAGGUGAUCCCGUUCCUCCGGGGUCAAGGUCUGCUGGGCUUCGUAGAUGGUACACGGUUGCAGCCCUCACCAUUCCUAGAGGUCCCCGCCGGCAGUAACUCCAGCGACAACAUCUCUACGACGGAGAAUCCGGCGUAUGCAGCCUGGGUACAGCAGGACGCAUCAAUCCUCUCUCUUUUAAUCUCCUCACUGUCUGAGGAGGUGAUGUAUCUAGCUCUUGGACAAACCACCGCACGUGGUGUUUGGACUGCAGCAGAGACGGCCUUAGGAUCAUCCACGCAGGUUCGGUGUCUCAAUCUGCUUGGGCAGAUCCAAUCCCUUCGCCAUGGAGACAGCUCCACCUCCGAAUAUCUGGGCAGGGCGCAGCAUCUUGUUCAGGAUCUCGCACUUGCCGGGAGAACUCUCACGCCGUUGGAGCAGAAUCUGUACGUCUUUCGCGAUUUAAGGCCGGAAUUCCGGUCAAUGGCGUCCGCAUUGGCGAUCAACGGAACGCCCGUUUCCAUUCUGCAGUUGGCGGAUUUUCUCCAGGCCCAACAAUUCAUCCAUGAGGAUGAUUUCCCGACGCACACAUCGGCAGCAGUGGCCGGGUCUCCGUCGGCGAUGUACGCAUCGCGUGGUGGCGGUGGUCGUCGUCAGCAUGGAGAUGGCGGCCGGCAGUCACGUGGUGGCGGAGGACGCGGCAAUCAACGAGGUGGCAGAGGAGGCCGCGGUCGGUCAGGUGGAGUGCGCUGCCAAAUAUGCAGCAAGCAGGGGCACUCCGCCGCAUUUUGCUACCGGCGGUACUCCGAACCGCCGCCGACUGCUCAUGUUGCGGUUGCAGGUGGCGGUCCAGCGCCGGCAUCCUCGCCCUCGGUGACCACCUGGCUCCCAGACACGGGGGCCUCAAUGCAUGCUAUCCCCGAUUCCAGCAUGCUCACGCAAUCCGAGGAGUAUCACGGUGACGACGUGUUGCGAGUGGGCGAUGGCACAGGUUUGGCCAUCUCGCGUGUGGGUCAUCCAGCAAUUCCAUCUAUUAAUAAAUCUUUAAAAGUGUCCAGUAUUUUACAUGUUCCUGAGUUGUCUGCAUCGUUAUUAUCCGUUAAUCGGUUUUCUAGAGAUAAUAACUGCUAUUUUGAGUUUCACCCCACGUUUUUUGUUGUGAAGGACUGCAUCGCUCAGGCGGUCUUGCUUAAAGGGCCAAGCUCGGGGGGCUUGUAUUCGUUGUCAGUUCCUAGCGCGCAUUAUGCUUUUGUUUCGGCUCGCGCCACUUCCGCGGUCUGGCAUUAG